AUGAAAAGUAGGUCAAAGACUAAGCAGCACGCUAUUCCAGAUUUUUACUGCUGUUAUCUUCUUCGAUCAGUGCCCAAGAAGCAGUCUUUUUACAUUGGUUCCACUCCAAAUCCUGUGCGAAGGCUUCGGCAACAUAAUGGAACUCUUGCAAAUGGCUCUGCAUAUAGAACAAAGAAAACAGGAUUUAGGCCUUGGAGAAUGAUUGCGUGUGUCUACGGAUUUACAAGCAAAAUUGCAGCUCUGCAAUUCGAACAUGCCUGGCAGCAUAGUAACUUAACCCACUUCAUUGACGAUGAUCAAAGGAUAGUGACUAAAAAAGCUGGUGGAAGAACUAUCCAUCAUAAGUUGGGGAACAUUCGGCUUUUGAUCAAAAAUGAAUUCUUUAGCUACAUGAACCUGAAAGUUCACCUUUUCUGCGCCGAAGCGGUCGACGCGUGGUCUCAAAAUAAGUUCUUGAUAGACUGUGAUAUACCAAACGUUACGGAGAGCUUAGAACCACCGGCCAGCAAAGAAGAGCUCCAAAAAAGAGGUGCCAACGAAUUCGCUUCUGAAAAUCUGGUUUUAGUCGAAAAACUAUAUAAAAGCGUUCUGAGAGCCGAUGAUGAACGCGUACGUGUUUACCAGGAAGCACUUUACCAUGGUUGCAUCACCUGCCCUAUUUGUCAUAAGGAUUUUAACUACAUGAGCGACGAAGAUAGUCCGAAGCCACUAGUGGCGUUCUGCCCAACAGAUAACUGCCAAUUCCUCUCUCACUUAAGCUGUUUGCAUCGAAUAUUUGUAGACGAUGAGCAAGCGCUUACUGGCGUGAGAAAAUUGUUGCCUCAUUCGGGUUCGUGCCCUUCUUGUGAUAAAAAGAUCUUCUGGACCAAAGUUGUUAAAUACUCAACGCGGCUGCGAGAAACAAGUGGUCCUCAACAAGAUUCAGUACCAAGCAGUCAAUGUUAA